ACCUUUUUAUUUAAAUGUGCAUCAGAAAAAAUAUAAAAAUACCACUUCCUGGUUUUGGAUUAAUUCUUUAGAAUUUUCGUUAAAAAAUAAAAAACGGUCUUGGAGAUAACAUGCACCAAAUACCUGAAACAUUUUGGGGACAAAUGAUCCGCAAUGUUGGCAGCAUUUCUUAUUAACCUCACUUUUUCUGCAUGUGUAUGUAAAUUAAUCAAUUGAAAAAAUGGGCAAGGCGAAGAAAACGCGCAAAAUCGCCCAAAAAAGGUUCGCGAAAAUGAAAACCAUGAUCAGUCCCAGCGACCCUCGGAUAAAAGCCAGUCAGAGGGCGUCUCCUCGCAAGAAAAAACCUGAAGACCCCCAACAAAUGAAAGUACGUGAAGUGCCACAAGUCAGUUCUGCGUUGUUUUUCCAGUAUAACACACAAUUGGGGCCCCCGUAUCACAUUUUGGUGGACACGAACUUUAUCAAUUUUUCUAUCAAGAACAAGUUGGAUAUAAUUCAGAAUAUGAUGGACUGUUUGUACGCCAAAUGUAUUCCUUAUAUAACGGACUGUGUUUUGGGCGAAUUGGAGAAGUUGGGACAGAAGUAUAAAGUCGCAUUAAGGAUAAUAAAGGAUCCGAGAUUUGAGAGGAUUAAAUGUAUGCAUAAAGGGACUUACGCUGAUGAUUGYUUAGUGCAAAGGGUCACACAACAUAAGUGCUACAUCGUCGCAACAAAUGACAAAGAUUUGAAACGUAGGAUUAGGAAAAUUCCGGGGGUUCCAAUAAUGUAUGUUGCACAACAUAGAUACACUAUUGAGAGAAUGCCGGACGCUUACGGGGCUCCAAAGACGUGAUAAACUACAAAUUUUUAUUACUAGUGUUAUAAAUUCCAAUUUUUCACACGUUUUUCUUCAUUCAUUAGCGACCAAUUUGGAGAUUGUCGUUCGACAUAUAGCCAGUUAAAAUCAUCAACACAU